GUUGCUUUUUUACAAUUGAAUUGUAGUUAUAUAUUUUUUUUAAAAACCGUUAUUAUUAAAAAUAAAAAUAAAAUGAGUCGUUUAUGUUGUUUGAUUGUCAUUAUGGCAUCUUUAAUAUUAAUUAUUGAUGCUGUUGAUUAUUGUCGUAUGAAUUCCUGUGGAGGAAAACCUCAUACUAUGUGUCUCUUCCCUACAAGAAAACCUGGAGCUGCUUGUGGUAAAUUACACAGUAAUUUAUUGACACCUACUGAUAAACAAAAUAUUGUUAUUGCUCAUAAUAGGUGGAGAAAUAUUGUUGCUAGUGGAAAAGAAAAAAGAGGUAAACCUGGUCCUCAACCUGCUGGUGUUAUCCCUGCUCUUGCAUGGGAUGAAGAUUUAGCAGAAAUUGCACAAAGAUGGGCUAACCAAUGUGAUUUCAAUCACGAUAAAUGCAGAAAUUUAGACAAAUUCACAGCUGGUCAAAAUCUUGCUAUUCAGAAGGAUUCGGCUCAAUACGGUGCUUCAAUCACAGACAUGAUCCAGAUGUGGUACGAUGAAGUGAAAGACUUCAAUCGUAAUGAUGUUAAAAAAUUCAAAUUUGGUAAGGACAUUGGCCAUUACACCCAGCUUGUUUGGGGAACUACAACUCAUGUUGGUUGUGGUAUUGCAAAGUAUCAUGAUGGAAAAUGGUUUACCACUUAUUUAGUAUGUAAUUAUGGACCAGCUGGUAAUUGGUUGAACACACAAAUUUACAAGACUAAAUAAUAAAAACGUAUUUAGUUUAAAUAAAU